UGCUAAUUAAGUUUUCAUCCUCUCUUUCAAAUCCCGCUCAAUUUCCUUUGAAUUGCUCUUGAAUUCCUCCCUUUUCUCUACUCUCUUUCAUGAUCCUGAUUCCUAUAUCGCUUUUUUCUUAUCCUAGCUGCUGCAAUCGCUUGUUUCUACGGAUUCGAUGGACACGAUGGAAAAUGACAAUCUGAAGCUACGAAAUAAUCUAUCUGAUUUUAUUUCUGAUGAUGAGAAUGAAGAGUUGGGAUGCCUUGAUACAAUAAGAAGUGAUGUUAACUUCAAUAGGCUUCAUGAAGAAUACAGUACAGCUGCAGGAUUCCAUCAUUCCCAAUUUUCAGAUCCACCGGUCUCCUCUCGUCCAAAAUUUGCUGGUUCCUUUUCUGAUACAAUUUCAUAUACUGAUAUUGAUUGGUCAUUUGAUAGCUCCCGCUUGGGUCUAAGCUCACAAAAUUGGUCUCGCAACAUGUUCACGAAUCCCGAAAAUAAGACAAAUACUUCGUUCCAUGUUAGAAAUCCAGAACUUUCGAGCAUUUGUAGAUUCCCAGUGAGAAGUCAGGAAGCUGAAGGCCUGGAUUUAAUAGGGUGUGAUACAGAAACAAACAAUCAUAAUUUGCUAUCCUCAAAAUGUGAGGAUCAAAUUGAUCUUAACAUUGCUGCCAUUUGCAGUGGAUUCCAAACCCAUUGUUUACAAGAACAUGAUGCUGAGAGUUUUAAUGUUGGAUACCAUACAAAUCCCACCACGGCUCUUAACAGGACAGAUAAGAUCUCAGGCUAUAAAGACAAUUCAGGGAAUAUACCUAACCUUACAACCUUUCCUCAGAACUCUGUUGGAGUAAGAUGCAGUAAUUUUAUUAACUUUAGUUUACACCCAUCAUCUGUCUUUCAACCAUCUAUUAUAGUUGGUGGGGAUAACCCUUUUCCCAGGCCAAGCAAUGAAGAUGAUUUGAGUGCUGAUGUAGUGCAGUGCAAUGAGGAUAUCCUCAAAUCACUUAGAAAUGCUGCCCCCUCUACGACAGAAUCUAUCAACAGCCAAAUUGGGAUAUCUUCACGAAGCUGGUUUACUGACUUAGAAUCUUGUUUACAUAGAAAGGAUCAAAGUCAACAGCCUAUUGAAGAGACUGAUGUCAGGAACUUCUCGUCUGAAUUUCCAACAUAUGCUCCUUCCCUUGGGAUCUCUACAACCAUUUCUGUUCCAGAUCAGUCAGUCGAGCAUGAUCAAUCAGCUGGUCCUUCUCAGCCUCCCCAAAACUUCGGCAAUUCUCUUACUACAGUUUCAGGAAAUCAAGAUGCAAGAGAAUUUGGGACAGCCGAAGAUUCUGGUAUUGCUAAAUCAUUUCAAGCCCAUCUUGCGCAGGUUUCCCAACCGAUCAUUGAUGAGAGCAUUCCACUCGUCUCUUCCAAGUUUGAAGAUCAAGGAGAUCGUUCUUUCGAACGCUCGAGGAGCUCACGUUGUUAUAUAAAAUGCCGAGAUUUGGACCAAACUCCAAAAUUAAGUGGACAAAGAUGCUACUUAUGUAAGAGGGAUCUUUCAUUCAAACCAGAAGGCUCAGUUGCCAUUCCAAAAAUUCUCCCUACGGUGGCUGUACUGCCAUGUAGCCAUGUGUUUCAUGGCCUCUGUUUGGAACGCAUUACUCCCCAAAACCAAGCUGAAGAACCUCCUUGUAUUCCAUGUGCUGUUGGCGAAACUUGAUUUCUUCAAACCAUUGGGUUAGUCACUCCACUCAUUACCUCCUAUUUAUUUUUCUCACAAAAUUUUGCAUCUUAUAAUUUAGGCCCAAAGCAGAGAAGACUACUAUUCGGAUUCUUUAACAAUUGUAACUUGAGAGGGGCUUAGUUUUGUAUAUGGGUAGGCAAAUAUUCUUUAUUAUUAUUAUUAUUAUUAUUUUAGGCUAAUUGCAACUUGAACAUUUUGCUGUCAACAACACUAAUUUUCUCUGGAGUAAAAUGAUUAUUAUUUCAUUGCCAAUGCUCCAA